AUGGCUAUGGUGUUCAAGCUUCUGUAUCUUUACUGCAUACUAUUUGGAUUCUUCUUCCUCGUGAACACCACCAUUGUUGAUCAAAAUCAAGAAAGGGAAAGCUUGAUUUUGUUCAAGAACUCACUUUUGAAUCCAGAAAAGCUUUCCACUUGGGACCUCACCACCCCACAUUGUCAAUGGGAAGGGGUUUCUUGUCAAAACGAACGAGUUACUUCACUCAUUCUCUCAGCCCACUCACUCAAUGGCCCUCUUCCAGUUUCGCUUUUUUCUCUUUCCAACCUUGUCGUCCUCAACCUCUCUUCUAAUCUUUUUUACGGUAAACUUUCCCAGAAAAUAUCCCAACUCCGGCUGCUGAGGGUGCUCGAUUUGGGUGAUAACCAGCUUUCCGGGGAGUUACCGAUUGAACUCUGCGAGUUGACUCAGUUGCAAACCCUUGAACUUGGACCUAACUUCUUCUCUGGGAUAAUUCCUCCUGCUAUGGGACGGUUAUCGAAUUUGCAGUCUCUUGACCUCUCUUCCAACUCCCUCACCGGAAUAAUCCCGCCGGAGCUUGGAAACCUCAUGAAGCUUCGGUCGUUUGGUCUCGGCAACAAUUUUCUAUCAGGUUCUCUCUCUCCUGCUCUCAUUACCAAUCUUAGCAAUUUAAUCUUUUUGGAUAUUGCUAAUAAUACACUUUCCGGUCACAUUCCUCCUGAAAUUGGAAACCUUUCAAAUCUUACCGAUCUUUAUCUCGGAAUCAAUCGUUUCUCCGGCGUACUUCCGCCGGAAAUUGGAAAUCUUGAAAGAUUACAGAAUUUUUUUGCUCCUUCUUGUUUACUCCAGGGUCCGUUACCGGAUACAGUUUCUAACCUAAAAUCUUUAUCAAAACUUGAUCUUUCUUAUAACCCAUUGAAGUGUUCUAUCCCAAAAUCCAUCGGAGGAUUGCGAAACCUGACUAUCUUGAACAUUGUUUACUCCGAACUAAAUGGUUCUAUUCCUAGAGAGCUCGGGAACUGUCGUAAUCUCAUGACUUUGGUGCUUUCUUUCAAUUCGUUAACGGGAUCUUUACCGGAAGAGCUUUCACAGCUUCCAUUAUUAACGUUUUCUGUGGAAAAGAACCAGCUUACGGGUCCUUUGCCACCUUGGAUUGGCAAAUGGGACCAGAUAAACUCACUUUUGUUGGCUGGAAACCGGUUUACAGGUCGGAUCCCACCGGAGAUUGGUAACUGCACAAUGCUUAAUAUCAUCGGUUUAAGCAACAACUUGUUAAUGGGUUCUGUUCCAAAGGAGAUUUGCAAUGCUGUUUCGCUAACAGAGAUUGAUCUUGAAAAUAAUCUGCUUUCAGGUUCAAUUGGGGAUACGUUUAUGGGUUGUAGUAAUCUUUCUGAAUUGGUGUUAUCUCAUAACCAGUUUGUUGGGUCUAUUCCUGAUUACUUUUCCAUGCUUCCAUUGAUGGUUCUUGAUCUUGAUUCCAAUUACUUAACGGGUUCAAUUCCGAUAAGUUUAUGGAGCUUGACAAAUUUGAUGGAGUUAUCAGCUGCAAAUAAUCAGUUGGAGGGUAAUCUUCCUCAAGAAAUUGGGAAAACUGUCGCAUUGGAAAGGUUGAUUCUUAGUAAUAACAGAUUAAACGAAGAAAUCCCGAAGGAAAUUGGGAAGCUUUCUUCACUUUCUGUUCUUAAUUUGAAUUCAAAUCGUUUUGGUGGUUUCCUUCCUCCUGAACUUGGUAACUGUAUCUCUCUUACUACAAUGGAUCUUGGUGACAACAGGUUCAAUGGGUCAAUUCCGUUGGAAAUCACUGGUUUGCCCGAAUUACAGUGUUUGGUGCUUUCAAACAAUGAUCUUUCUGGUUCAAUUCCUUUUUCGAACAAUUCAAGAUAUUUCAGUCAAGUUAGCAUUCCAGAUUCGAGCUUUGUUCAACACCAUGGGUUGUAUGAUCUUUCCCACAACCGGUUGACAGGUUCUAUACCUGAUGCAUUAGGAAGCUGUUUGGUUGUUGUUGAUCUUUUGCUCGAUGGUAACAUGCUUUCAGGUGAAAUACCGAAAUCUCUGGCUAAGUUAACCAACCUCACCACUUUAGAUUUGUCCAGCAAUCGGUUAUCAGGUGGGAUACCUUCUGAAUUUGGCCGGUCUAUUAAGCUGCAAGGGCUGUAUUUGGGGAACAAUAAUCUCACUGGGAGCAUACCGCCUGAACUUGGCCAGCUCCACAGUUUGGUUAAGCUUAAUUUGACUGGAAAUAGUUUUUCAGGGUCAAUUCCAUCCACAUUUGGGAGCUUAAGUGGGUUGACACAUUUGGAUUUAAGCAAUAAUCUGCUUAAUGGUGAACUUCCUUUCACCCUUUCAAAAAUGGCAAAUCUUGUCGGGCUCUUUUUACAGCAAAACUUGAUAUCUGGUCACAUUGAUGAGUUGUUUGUUAGUUCGAAGGAGUGGCGGGUCGAGAUCAUGAAUUUGAGUACCAACUUUUUCACUGGUGCAAUGCCUCAAGCUCUAGGCAACAUGACUUAUUUGACAUCUUUAGAUCUUCAUGGAAAUGCAAUUGCCGGUGAAAUCCCGUGGGGGCUAGGAAGUCUUAUUGGGCUUGAGUACUUGGAUUUCUCAAACAACAAGCUCUCGGGUCAAAUUCCCGAUAGCUUAUGCAGUGUUUCGAAUUUGAAUUUCAUGAAUUUGGCUGGAAACCGAUUAGUAGGCCCUGUUCCUAGAAACGGAAUCUGUGGCAAUCAAUCAAGAAUUUCUUUAUCUGGCAACAAAGCUUUAUGUGGUGGGAUUCUUGGUUUGCAAUGCCCAAGUAAGAUCUUUAGAAAAAGAUUGCAGUUCUUUAAUCUUUGGUCAUUGGGUUCAAUUGCUAUUGGGACUUUGUUCAUCACUGUUUCUUUGGCGAUCUUGCUCAAAAUAUGGAUCCGUAAAACCAAGAAAAAGACCGACUGCGAAGAUCCCGGUUACAAUAACAGCAGCCCAGCUGAUCAGAAUCUGUAUCUUCUGAGUAACAGCAGGUCAAAAGAGUCAUUAAGCAUCAAUUUAGCUAUGUUUGAACAACCUCUUGUAAAGUUAACUCUUGUUGACAUUCUUGAAGCCACCAAUAACUUCUGUAAAUCCAAGAUAGUUGGUGAUGGCGGAUUCGGUACUGUCUACAAAGCCCGAUUGCCAAAUGGGAAGACCGUAGCAGUCAAGAAACUGAAUCAAUCGAAAUCGCAGGGCCAACGAGAGUUUCUGGCAGAAAUGGAGACUCUUGGAAAGGUGAAGCAUCGAAAUCUUGUAUCUUUACUGGGUUACUGUUCUUUUGGUGAAGAAAAGCUGCUGGUUUAUGACUUUAUGGCUAAUGGAAGUUUGGAUCAAUGGCUACGAAUCAGGACUGAACCCAUGGAAGUCUUGAACUGGACCAAAAGGUUCAAGAUUGCAGUGGGUUCCGCUCGUGGGUUAGCCUUUCUUCAUCAUGGGUUCAUUCCACACAUCAUUCAUAGAGAUAUCAAAGCCAGUAACAUCUUACUAAACGAAGAUUUCGAGCCUAAAGUUGCUGAUUUUGGGUUGGCGAGGUUGAUAAGUGCAUGUGAGAGUCAUGUCAGUACUGAUCUCGCCGGAACUUUUGGUUAUAUUCCGCCGGAGUAUGGUCAAAGCUGGCGGUCAACGACCAAAGGUGAUGUUUAUAGUUUUGGGGUGAUUCUUCUUGAAUUGGUGACCGGAAAAGAGCCAACAGGACCGGAGUUUAAAGACGUCGAAGGUGGAAACUUGGUGGGGUGGGUUUGUCAUAAAAUCAAGAAAGGUCAGGCGGUGGAUGUGCUUGAUCCAACGGUUGUUAAUGAUGACUGUAAACCGGCGAUGCUUCAGACGGUUCAGAUUGCUGCGACUUGUGUUUCUGAUAAUCCCGUUCAUCGGCCGACCAUGCUUCAUGUACUCAAGUUCUUGAAAGGAAUCAAAAAUGAGUUUUUGUGAAGGUUUUCUUGAA